AUGGUUGAACGCCUUGAGAAAGUCGGUCUCUCUUUCGCUGCGCAAGAUGAAUCUGACAAACGCAUGGAGAUUAUUGAAUUUCCAAGCCAUCCUUUCUUUAUCGGAGCUCAAUUCCACCCGGAGCUCAAGUCCAGACCUGGGAAAGCUUCUCCUCUCUUCUUAGGACUCAUUGAAGCGUCAUGUGGCGAGCUAGAAACAGUCAUGAGUCCAGCUUCUGCUCAUCAAAAUGUGAUUAGCAACGGUACAAAGAACGUUUUCGUCAAUGGAUCUUCCAAGAAAGCUACCAAUGGAUUGGCUGAUACUGAUGAUGAGUUCACCACAAUGAUGACGCUUCCUAAUAGGCAUCAUAAGCCAGGGACAGAACCUCACACUAUCCAUAGCAUCACACAUCAUUCAAACCUGCAAUAUGUUAAUGAUGUCAGAAACGUUUUAUCUUCAACGGAAUUUGCUGUGCUUGAAAAUUCUUAUCUCAGCACUGUUAUCAAGCUUGCGAAAAUGGGAAACAGGUUUUCUGCAAAGCUAUUCCACUUUUUCAUGCAGAGAAGAAUCUUGACAAGAGGUCAAGUGUUGUGGUUUUCCUUUGCUGAUCAACCAAUCAGGCUGCAAAGGGAUGGGGGAAGGAUGAAUUCGUUAGAGAAGGUUUCUCUUGGAGCAGCCAUCAUCAGUGAAGGGAUCAUUGUGGGAAGAAGUUCAGGGAAAAGGAUACCACAGGAAAGGUUGCUGAAAUACAGGCAUUAUGAGGUUUUCUCAAAGCUGCCUUGGGGGAAGAUUGGUUAUGAAGCACUAAGUGAGAGCAUUCUCAAAAUGAAUGCACAUAGUUGGUCUAAGGAGAGAUAUGAUGUGCAAGGAUUUGUGUGGGCCAUUAUUUUCUGGUCUUUUGCAGCUGUUCCAGACUUAGGGAUCACUAUUGCUACACCAUGUGAAACGAGUGCAUCCUCUGAUCCCUUGUGCUUUCAGUGGAAGUCGGUGAAGUAUGGCAGCAUGAGUAAAGUUAUAUUGGUGGAAAAGAGAGAAAACGUUUUGGUUAAAACUAUUAUAGGCGAGUCAAAAGCGUUUGAGCACUUGGUUCAACAGACACAUCCAGACGACAGAGACUUCGAUUCAGUGGUCUGUUUGGUGACGCAAGGAUAUAAUAUGACCAGAGAGGACUGGGUCAGAGGAGAAAUCGACAUUUUGGUUGCCUCAGGACAAAUAGGCAAUCAACAGAGAAGGCAGAGAUGUGCUAAUCCAUGA